UUCGUCCUGGUGGUGGACUGAUUUUGUGGAUGGAAAGCUUCUGCAGAAACACAACCACCACUCGUUUCAGAAUCAAUCGACCCAAUGCAAAGAUCCCAAAUCCACACGCACCUCCCUCUCUCCCAUAUCUUCUUGGUAUAUUCUCUUCCACCGCUCCUCAGAUCUCUCUGUCUUCCUCUUGAACCCAUUAAAGCAUGCCUCCAUCUUCUUACCUCUCUUCCACGAGAAACGGGUUAGCGACAGACACAGUCCUUCUCAAUUCUCACCUUCUCCAUGUUCGCAGACACCGAUCAUCUUUCCUCUUCUCCCACCAAACUCACUUCUCCAAGAGAGAGACUAUACACCUCAAAUCUCAACCACCCAGAUCCUCACUUCCCAUACUGAGACUAAAAAGUUCCAAACUUCUCCUUCUCCCUUCUGCAACCUUAUCAUCCUUUGCUGAAGCUGAAGGUGAAGAAGUAUCUCAGAAUACACAAACCCGUGAGGAUGCAAAAUCUGACGAUUUGUCGGGUAUGGCUAAGGCUUUCAACAUCUCCUCCAGCACAGCUUCUGCAAUUUCUAUCUGCAUAGCCUUUGCUGCUCUUGGUCUUCCUUUUUUCAUGACGUCUUUGGGGCGAGGAUUAACACUGAAGAUUAAAUUGCUUUCUUAUAUAACACUGUUGUUUGGGUUUUACAUGGCCUGGAACAUUGGAGCUAAUGAUGUUGCCAAUGCCAUGGGCACUUCGGUGGGUUCGGGUGCUUUGACACUUCGGCAGGCGGUGCUGACUGCUGCAGUGCUGGAGUUCUCCGGGGCAAUGUUGAUGGGUACCCAUGUGACUGGUACAAUGCAGAAGGGGAUCCUUGUUGUCAAUUCUUUUCUGGGGAAGGAUUCAUUGCUCUUUGCGGGUUUGCUUUCUUCUCUAGCUGCUGCUGGUACCUGGUUACAGGUUGCAUCCUAUUUCGGUUGGCCCGUCUCCACCACACAUUGUAUAGUAGGAGCAAUGGUUGGGUUUGGUCUAGUCUAUGGGGGAGUAGGUGCUGUAUUCUGGAGUUCACUAGCCAGGGUAACUUCGUCAUGGGUCAUCUCCCCUAUCAUGGGAGCAGCAGUGUCAUUUCUUGUGUACAAAUGCAUCCGCAGGUUUGUCUACAGUGCUCCAAACCCAGGGCAGGCUGCUGCUGCAGCUGCUCCUAUUGCUGUAUUUGUGGGUGUAACUGGAAUCUCCUAUGCAGCUUUCCCACUCAGCAAGAACCUUUCCGUGGCUCUGGUGCAGGCCUUAGCCUGCGGAAUGGCGGGUGCACUUAUGGUCAGUAGAAUUAUCCACAAUCAGCUUGGCCACCUCCUCAAGUCUGAAUUGUCACAAGCAGAGCAACAAGAGGAACCUUCCCAGAGUAAGAAUAUUGGAUUCCUCUCUGACAUUGCAGGCCCCAAGGGGACACAGCUGGAAAUUGUCUAUGGUGUCUUUGGCUACAUGCAGGUUCUGUCGGCCUGCUUCAUGUCAUUUGCUCAUGGGGCAAAUGAUGUAUCAAAUGCAAUUGGCCCAUUAGCUGCUGCAUUAUCUAUUCUCCAGGGCAGUGCCAGUGGAUCUCAGAUUGUCAUUCCAAAUGAUGUUCUUGCAUGGGGAGGAUUUGGGAUUGUUGCAGGACUGACAAUGUGGGGGUACAGGGUGAUGGCAACCAUUGGGAAGAAAAUAACAGAGCUGACACCAACAAGGGGAUUUGCAGCCGAGUUUGCAGCAGCUUCCGUGGUUCUCUUCGCAUCAAAGUUAGGACUCCCUAUCUCUGCAACCCACACUCUUGUGGGAGCUGUCAUGGGUGUGGGUUUUGCAAGGGGACUUAACAGUGUGCGAGCAGAGACAGUGAGGGAGAUUGUGGCUUCUUGGGCCAUCACAAUCCCAGUUGGUGCAUCUUUCGCCGUUUUCUACACGUGGAUCCUGACCAGGCUCUUGUCAUAUAUACUUUGAGGUGUACUACUGAAAGAUUAGAAGGAAG